AUGAGUAUUUCUCCUAAUCCUGAGGAGCAGGAGGUGGAGCUAAAUCCAAAUGAUAUUUGGUUGAUGCGCGCUGCAGGAGGAGAGGAUGAAAUUGAAGAUGGCUUAGCAGCUGGAGCUCCCCGAAGAGAUGAGGACCAAUUUUCUUUUGAGGAUUCUGAACGUUUCGAGGAGGAUUCUUUAUGUUCUUGGGUCUCGGAUGCUGAAUCACUAAACCAAAACUGGAGAGGAUGGAAUGCGCCAAGAAGCUCCAACUCUCAUCUAGCUGACAUACCAUAUCCUGAAGCCUUGCCGAUUGCAACGACUUCCCAUCGUUAUUUAAGUGGUUAUUCAAGCGGGUCACAUCGUUCACGCCAUUCUUCUAGCGGUACACUGAAAGUCAAUUCUCCAACUGCUGGUUCAUCCUACCAAAGUUGUAUUAGGAAUACUCGAACAGCAAGUUCUUCUGUCAGUUGCCCGCGUAGUCUCGCAGAACUAGCAGCUCGAAAGGCUGCGAAAUUUUUUUCAUUCAGUGCUUUGGAAGCUUCUUAUCGCAGCAUUACUAAAAUUAGAACAUAUCAAGAUCCUCAGAGAGGGGGAUCUUUUGGCUUUGGAAAUGACUCUUUAUCGGUGGACGAUUCCUUAGCUCAUGUUGCCAUCCCUGAUAAAUUCUUUCUGAGUAUAGUGCGAUGGUGUUUCCCAGAAAGUGAAGAAGAUAUCCGGUUAUACAGCUGCUUGGCGAAUGGAAAUGUUGAAGAGUUUGGUCGUGGUGAAUAUUUGUAUCAAACAGACGCAGUGCGAAACGUUUUUCAGAUAGGUUAUCAUCUUUCUGCAACAGUUGUGGGAUCAGUGACUGGAUCAAUGAGUGGGGAACUCAUGAAUCCAAGCGUUUCUCCAACUUCACAAAACGUACUUCAGGGGAGGCAGUUGUGUAAAACAGCUCAUAACGUUUCGGUUACUAUCGACAGGUGUCGUAUUGUCUCUUGCACUUGUUCUUGUAAUUAUAAAGCUUCUUGGUGUCAGCACGUUGUUGCUGCUUGUUUGCAUCGCAUAAAUCGCUGUCAAGAAGUUAGUUAUCGUGUCACUAUAUGGGAUGCAAUAAAUGAGUUGGAUUUGAGGGAGUUGAAAAAAUUUGCUCAGUUCUUUAUUAACGAAUUGCCGCGACAGUAUCUUCCGUUAGCCCAGCAUUUGAUUGACCAACUCCGUGACGCAAAUUCUGAAAUACACACUGCGAUUGGCGCUCCGGACCCAACUGAUGGAGCACAUGAUGAUGUUGCCAUCUGGUGUUUAGAUCAAAAAAUGUUGCACGAAAACAUCAGAAGAAUUCUUGCUAAAUUUUGCCUUCCUUCGCCAACAGUUCAUUGUGAUGUUCACUACCUCUCUUCAAGUCAGCCAGCUGCAGCUGCUGAGUGGCAAUUGCUUCUUCGACCUCAUCGUUCUAAAGAACCCGAAGGCUUAUGGAAUCUAAUGUCUAUUGUUCGAGAAAUGUUCAAACGGCAUGACGAAAAUGCUACGACACUCUUGCACAUUGUCACAGAAGAGUGUUUAGGGAAUCCUCAGGUCUUGAUUUGGUGGUACCAGACGUGUUUGACUUACUCCGGAAGCUGGUUUCUUUGUUCUGCUGGUAACAAGCCGAACCCACUUAUGUCUAAUCAGAGUGUACCUCAGUUCAGUUGUGCAUCUCUUUGUGAAGAAAUUAUGCAGUUGUGGAGGCUUGCUGUUUUGAACCCGCGUCUUUCUUCUUCUGAGAGGGAACAGUUGGGGACUUAUUUACAAUUAUAUCAUCGAAGUGCUUGCGAAAAAAUAUGGAAGAUCAUUUGUUCGUCGGAUCCAAAGAACACGGGGCAGUCCCAAGGUGUGCCGUUGGUGGUCACAGUUGUUGAUCGGAAAGGGGAGCGUUUAUCAUCAGAAAAUGCUCGCUUUACAGUAGAUCUUUUUCCUGGCUUUUUCAAUGCUUUAAAAGCCUGUUAUGUCAGUUGGGAUGUGUCUGAAUGCGAAAACAUUGACAAUCAUGGCACCAGAAACCCUAGCAUUGAUCAAUUCUUUUCCGCCUUAGUUUCGUCUUCGCAGUGUACUUCUGAGGCAGCAGAUUGUGGUUGUUCUUUUGGAUUUAGCCAUGGGGCUUCUCAUCGCUGCAAUCGUUUCAUAGAAAAAAUUUCGGAGAAUGAAAUGCCAAGCACCUCGGGAUGUCGAAAUGCCCGCCAUCAUCAUCAUCAUCGGAAUACAUAUCAGCAGAGUUCCUCUCACUCUUCAAAGCGUAAAAAGAAGAACAAAAUGUUGCGAAAGAGAAGUCAUCAGUCACAGUCCUGUAGUAAAAACACAGAUGCUAGGUUUGUACAGCUGGAUGUUCAAAAUGUGCGGGAACAGGCUGUAAGCGAAGAGGUCGAAGAAGAGAGUGCGGAGUCAGGUCAAGAGAGUGAAGAUACCGGUUCAAGUCUAAAGCCAUUAGCAUCUAAUAGUCUUCAUAUCAAUUCUUCAAGGGACGGAGCAGAUCCAAGGAAACUGGAGUUGCCUUCUGGCGAUAUUGAUGAAUUAUUUGCUUUUGCUCACGAACCUAUGUCUGCCUUUGACAUUAAAUUCACGAAAUACGAGGCUUUGAUGUCUCAUGGCUUCCAUCAACUUGCUUGCAAAAUUGCUGUCGAGUUGGCAAAUGAAAUAAUGAGGAGACCGAGGAGGAAUAUCAGUGAAGGCCUGAGGCUGCAUAGAGAAUUUGAUGACUUAGCAGAAGUCUCGGAAGACGACAAUACUCUUUAUGACUAUCCCAACUUGGGAACUGGACUGCGGCCUGCGGAAAGCUGUCAGAAUGCAUUGGUUAUGCUCACUAGGACAAACUGUUUGGUUCAAACGUUAAUGAGGGAACGAACAACAUAUAAACUUGCUUUCGCACUUGCUAUAUUUGUCUUGGAAAUGCCCAGAAGUCCUGCAUCUACAAAAUUUCUUGAAGUCAAAUUGUACCAUCUUGAGACGGAACUUGUUUCCCUUCUGCGUCGCAUUGAGAUAACUCAGUCUGAAUUGAAUAUAAUUAGAGAGUGCGCACGAAGGUUUAUUGCGAAUGUGCCGAUAAGAGCCGCCAAAACUUGUGUUUUACCUAUAUCCCUUGCACACUACAUAUUAGAUGCACUUUCUUACACACAUAAUGUUACAGCAGCAUCUCAAGGGUAUUUAUUUUUUUCGUUAAAGUCAAUUGCAUUGGAAGUACUGAACAUGAAACUAAUGGUUUCUGAAGCAGAUUAUCCUAUGUUGUGUGAAAGCACUCGACGACAGCGUGGCGAACUUGCACUUACCAUGUUGAUGAGGUACAAGGACUCACUUGAAAAUUUGGCCGUUGUUCUUGACGGUCUGCUCGACCCUAGAAUGCAUCGGAUGUACAAAGUUGGAAUGGAUUUUGUAGCUGUUUCUGAAUGGAAAUUUUUUAGGGACCAUUUGUCAAACGCGGCAUAUUUUAUCGAACAAGAUGUAACGCAUAACCGACAUUUUUCUGGGCAGCGCCCUAAGUUUCCCCCUCAUGGGCAGGAUGCACAGUGGUUGAAGGAAAAUGCUCCGCAGCAAUGUGACGUUCCUGAUGGAUUUGUCAGUGUUCACUUGACAGGUGAUAAUGGCGGCCCAUCUAUGUCUAAUUCACGGAACAUGGCUCAAAAAAGUGUGGAAGGUGAACUGUCGUGUUUAAUGGAAGCUUUUUCAACGUCCACGGGUGAUGCUGAAACGUCUAGUUCGCGAAAAAAUGAUGCCUCGGAGGACGGUACGGACGGUACAUCGGAGGACAGCAGCUGCGUGAAAGAUUAUGGAGCUGCUCUAGAAAGCCGUUCUGCUUCUGGUGAAGGGUCGGGUUCUGCUUCUCCUUCUCAUUGCACAUCAAGAAGAAGUGACUCUUUAACCGAUGCACCUGUUUUAACUGUACUUCGUGCUGUCGAAUUAGGUUCUUCUUACUUCCGAAAUCCAAGGCGAAAACUUGUACCAAAUUCUCCCAAUCAGCCGUCAGAAGCUCAUGCACAUUACAUGAUGGAACUGGCUAAACGCUUGUUUGUCGAAGCAGGUGGUAGCCAGAGCACUGCAGUCUUUAACGCUACACAAAACCUUGGAAUGCAAAAUAAUCCGCAACAUUCUGGACCUCAUCGCCAAUUGCAUAUUUGUUCCUUUUUAAUUGGCUUGUAUGCAUUGGGACUGAGCAAUUUGGUUUCUCCCAGUUGGCAGACUCGCACGUAUAGUACAAAUGUGAGCUGGAUUAACGGUCAGGCUAUCGAAAUAGGCUGCCCAGCUAUUCGUAUUGUGGAGCGCGUUUGGGAGUCCCAUUUAACUCCUACGGAAGCUGCGGACUUAGCUGAUAAGGCGAGUCAGAGCCGCGAUCCAGGUAUGGUUGAGUGUGCCGCGAAGCUUGCUUUAAGCGUUCUUCCAAAAGCGUAUGCACUUACGGCAACAGAGAGCCAGAAAGCUUUACAUCAGUGUAAAGAACAAAGUAAUGAAAUGCUUGAAAGAGCAUGUCAUGCUGUAGAACAAGCUGCUGAAAAGGAUGGGGUUUACCCUGAAGUUUUAUUUAAAGUUGCACAUUUGUGGUACGACAUGUUUUGUGAUUACGACUCUUCAACAUCCAGGCAGUGUACUUCGAACCCUCCAGCUACUUCUGUUUCUGUGUCUCAAGGCUCUUUACCUUCUAAUCCGCCUUCGAGUAAUAAUGUUCGCAUACAAAAAUCACAGGCUUUUUCUCCUUACGUAAACAACACUCCACCUAUUCAAGUGCCUAUGUACCAUCCUCGUCAACAACCACUGUAUCCUCAACCUCAGUUCUACCAACUACCGCCACAUCACUCUCAUAGCGCUACGCGACCUGCUGUUGUUUUGGCUUCCGGUUCUCCUGUUCAGCCUCAGAUAAUUGUACCUUGUGGUUUGCGACAAGGGAGUGUUGUCCAGCAAUCAGUAGUUCGUUCAAUGGCACAACAUAAUGGGCGUCAUUCUGGCCAACAGUCUGUCCCACGCACUCUUGCGCAGCCCAUCCCAGUCAAUGCCGCUCAACAACCAGUAAUAUUCAAUCCUGUUCAGCAUCAGGUUGUUACUGGGUAUCCGCAGUCUCAACCAGUAGCUCAUUCUGCUCGAGUUCUGCAUAUGAGUCAUUCAGCUCCAAACCUGAAUCCUGUUCAGAUUCCGGUGUGUCGUCGUGGAGUGCCAUCUCAUAUGACGUCAAGUGGGCAACAUUACGGGCAGGUUACAACUAUACCUGAACAUGUUCCUCCGAAUCCGCUAGUGACGAGACAACAUCAACCUACUCCCAAUACAGUAAUAACACCUAAUCCAUUAUCAAGUCAGAUUGGAAACCCAGGAAUUAUAUAUCCUGCCUAUUACGGACAAACGUCACAGGUCAAUCCAUCCACUAUUUUCAAUGGUGAUCCACGGAUGGCAAAGCUGGUUCAUGCUCAUAGAGUUGGAAUGAAAGCUAUGGAAACUAUGGGAAAUCGUAAUCAUGAUGACACCAGAGGUUAUGCCAAGUUUUCACAGAACCCUGCUUAUGCUGAUGACGUUCAGUGGUUGUUUUCAAUAGCUGCGAAGUUAGGUGGUGUCUUCGUACAAAGCUUUUGUGAAGUGGCUGCGCGUGCUGUUGCUUCUCCUUUCAUACUUUUCAAACUAGUACUGGAGUCUCGAGAGGUUAUAAUUCAUUUUAAUUUUUGUAUUCAAAAGCAUGCCAUCACAAGUUGGUUACCACCCCUUCUCGACGUACGUAUUAUAAUGGUGCAGAAUGGCUAUGACCCACCUACUGCCGACUUGAUGCAGCACUGUGUUGAAAUGUUUUAUGCUGCGGCUAGCUCAAAACUCAGCCAUCCACGAUUUGUUCCUUCAGACACUGAAGAAGUCUGUUCAUUUCCAUUUUAUCCUUGUUUAGUGCCAGUAUUGUAUUCUUAUACAGUAGUUCAGCUAAUAAGAACAGCUAGAGAUGCUUUUUAUACCAUUCCUGUUCAUGGGAAGCCUAUGUUCGAAGAUUUUUUAAGACACGUUAAGAAGCAGAAAGCUUGUAAACGUGACGUCGUGGAAAGGAUCAAAAGCUGUUUACAGCAACAACCAAGUUAA